CGCCGCCGUACGUCGCGCCGUCGCCGGCUCCCUCCUGGAAAACCUUAUGGAAACGAGUAUUAAUAACAACACGCGUCUAUUCAUAACCGGCGCCCUGUGUGAGCUGUGUGUGUUUUAACACCGUGUCGUAGAGGUAGGCUGGCACUUUCUGGUAAGCUAUAUAACCUUAAGGGCGCACUAUGGGGCUGUGUUGGAUGCUGACGGGAUUUCCUUCCCCUGGAGACGCCGCGCCGCCGCUCCCGUCCCGCAGAUAGUCUCUCCCCCCCGGCUGCAUUCACCCGCAGGACCCGCCGCUGCUGGAGCCCCUGGUACCCCGAGAUAGCCUCGAACACACCGACCCCAGGACCCCGACAUGUCUGGGAGCAGCUGCUGACUAUUCUCCUGUUCCACUAAAGCUUUAAUCGAAAAUGAAGUCUCCUCUGGCUCCCGGGAUCAGACUGAUCACUUCCUUUUCUCGGGAUAGUUGGUAUCGUGGUUUUAUUCUUUUCCUCACAUUCAUCUUCUACACAGCCUACCAUCUGUCACGGAAACCUAUCAGCAUCGUUAAGAGUGAGCUGCACAGAAACUGUUCCACAGCCGUUCGACCAGCAGACCUCAACAUUACCAAUAAUGCUACCUGGUGUGACUGGGUGCCCUUUGACCAGGACAACUAUCAGACCCUGUUUGGGGUCUUGGAUAACUCCUUCCUCAUUGCCUAUGCCAUCGGCAUGUUUUUCAGUGGGAUUUUUGGAGAGCGACUUCCUUUGAGGUAUUACCUGAGUUUCGGGAUGGUGAUGAGCGGAUUGUUUACGUGUCUUUUUGGACUCGGGUUUUACUGGAAAAUACACUCAUUAGGGUACUACGCCUUUGUCCAGGUCAUGAAUGGCCUCAUGCAGACCACCGGCUGGCCAUCUGUGGUGUCUUGUAUCGGCAACUGGUUUGGAAAGGGGAAGCGUGGAUUCAUCAUGGGCGUGUGGAACUCCCACACUUCAGUGGGAAACAUACUGGGGUCUCUCAUUGCGGGAGUCUUCGUCUCCUCGGAGUGGGGGAUGUCUUUCAUCGUCCCUGGCAUCGUCAUCGCCUGCACCGGGGUCCUGUGCUUCUUCUUUCUCGUUGAAAAACCAGAAGACGUGAACUGCUCUCCUCCUCAGCAUCACAGCGAUCAGGAGCACGGCGAGACGGAGCCGCUCCUGCAGAACUCAUCCAACCGACCCAUCAACAACGGCGCUGUCUCCACAGAAGCUCAUGAGAUUGUAGAGGAACAUGCUGAGGCCAUAAGUUUCUGCGGGGCCCUCAGUAUACCUGGAGUGGUGGAAUUCUCUCUCUGUCUGCUGUUUGCCAAGCUGGUCAGCUACACGUUCCUGUACUGGCUCCCUCUCUACAUCUCCAAUGUCGCACAUUUUGAUGCAAAACAAGCAGGAGACAUGUCAACGUUAUUCGAUGUCGGAGGAAUCUUGGGAGGCAUCAUGGCGGGUCUCGUGUCCGACUACACCGGUGGGAGAGCAACAACCUGCGGCGUCAUGUUGAUUAUGGCUGCCCCCAUGCUUUACCUCUAUAAUUACAUUGGACAAAGGAGCCUGGGCACUACAGUUGGUAUGCUGCUGUUGUGUGGAGGCCUGGUGAACGGACCGUAUGCCCUCAUCACAACUGCGGUGUCUGCCGACCUCGGAACACAUGAGAGUCUCAGAGGGAACUCCAGAGCAUUAUCAACUGUGACUGCAAUUAUUGACGGGACUGGAUCAAUAGGUGCCGCAUUGGGUCCCCUGUUUGCCGGUUUGAUCUCUCCCACCGGCUGGAACAACGUCUUCUACAUGCUCAUCUCUGCAGACAUCUUGGCCUGCCUGUUUUUGACCAGGCUGGUGUACAAGGAAAUUCAGGGCUGGUGUGGACGUGCCCCCCGAGUCAGGGGGUUCAAAGACAUCUGAAAGUUUCAUCCAAUCCAACCGGAAACCAAACACGCAGAAAGGAAUCCAUGUGCAAACCACCCGCCGACAGCCGUACAGUGGACAACUACUUCUCAUUUUGGAAAUGAAAAUGUAUGUUCAAGGGACUAGGCACUAACCUGACGAUUGAAGCCUUUUUAUUGUAAAACAGAGAUAAAUGUGUCUUUAUAAAGAUCAAAAUGCUUUUUUAUGACUAAUCUGCCCAUUUUAAAUUGUUUGUUUUAAUAUUCUUUUAUCAUUAAACUGUAUAUAUGCCCUAUGA